AUGACUGCAGAUACUGGUUUUGGGUCAAAAGCUUAUCCUAUCGCUGAUACUAGCUUGUCUCAGAAGUUACUUGAUCUUGUUCAGCAGGCGCAAAGCUAUAAGCAGUUGAAGAAAGGUGCGAAUGAGGCCACGAAAACGCUAAAUCGAGGACUUGCAGAGGUCAUUAUAAUGGCUGCUGACGCUGAGCCGUUAGAAAUUAUCUUACAUUUGCCAUUGCUCUGUGAAGACAAAAACGUGCCUUACGUGUUUGUGCGCAGCAAGGCAGCUCUUGGCAGAGCAUGUGGUGUAUCGCGUCCUGUAAUCGCUGCUUCAAUAAUCCAGAAUGAGGGCUCUCAGCUGAGAAGUCAGAUACAGAAAAUCAAGGAAGAAGUGGAAAAGCUUUUGAUUUAA